UUUAUUAUUUCAGAUGUGAUGGCGGUUGUUUUGAACGUAUUAGUUUUGGUAGUUGCCAAAAAAAUGAGAAAGAAAUUGGUUAUUGGAGAUUUUUAUAUAAUAAACCUAGCUAUAUCUGAUAUAGGUCAUCCAUUACUUGGUUAUCCGAUGGUGAUCAUUGCCUUAUUUUCUCAUCGAUGGAUAUUUGGUGAUACAGGGUGUGAUAUAAACGGAUUUCUAGGAUUUCAAUUUGGUGUGGCGAGUAUGACAACACUAGCUGUGAUGAGCUUAAUUAGAUACAUGUCAGUGUGUAAACCAUCAGCAGUGAAAAGUUUCACAAGAACGAACAUGUUUCUAUCCUUGGUUGGUAUUCAUCUGUACGCACUUUUCUGGGCGGUUAGUCCAUUGUUUGGAUGGGGACGUUAUGGACCAGAGCCUUACAGAACGUCCUGUACACUCGAUUGGGAAAAUCCUAGUAAAUCGUUUGUUAUAGCAACUUUUGUGAUGUGUCUUGGACUUCCGUUUUUAAUUAUGUUAACAACGUAUGGUUUACUAAUUCAACUAAGUCGCACUACAACUAAGAAUAUGCAACGAUGGACAUCCUCAGAUAAUGUGUGGACGCGGAAAGAUCUUUACCUUCUGAAGAUGACGAUGAUAAUGUGUGGUUGCUUUCUGUUGGCUUGGUUACCGUAUGCUAUUGUCAGCAUGUUAAAGGUUAUUAUUCCAGAUCUGACCAUGCCGGUAUUGGUGACACUGAUUCCAGCACUGUGUGCUAAAUCUUCACAUGUUCUCAAUCCAGUUAUCUAUUUCGUUAUGAACAAAAAACUGCGGUCUAAAAUUCCACUGUGUUGUAGGCCUACAUUCAUGAAACAGAAAAAAAACGAAGAAACACGGUGUCAACUUACAGCGUCUGCCAAUAAUCCAACUGUGAACAUGUCGUCAUGCGCCAAAGACAAUCAUGUACGAUGUUCUUCAGGGUGA